AUGAAGUUAUGUAAGAAGGAAAAGAAGGUAUCAGCAACAUCUGAUUUUAUUAUGGGACAGCAUAUGAUGUUCAUAUUGAUCUAUUAUGCUCCUUUGCAUCAAGCAUUGCUUAGACCUCAUUCAAUAAUUGUCUGAGCUCUACCAAAUCUUUUGUUUCAUUUCUUAUGGAACAAUCACAAACACUUUUUUUAUCUUGUAUUUACUAUCUAAAAUUCAAUGCGUAACCUUAGCAUUCAAUGUGUAAUCCUGAAUAAUCUCAUUUCCCAAUUAUUCAACCAUUUAAUUUUACCGAGUUCAAUGUUGGCCAGAUUAGUCAACAUUUCUUUGCCGCGAUGCAACAACAAGAUGUUAUUUGUAAUAAGGAGUCCUUUACCAUGUUUGUACUAA